GAACAAACAAACUGAAUACAAAUUCCGAUACUAUUUACUUCAUUUAGUUGAAACGUUAUUUGAACAAUGUCUAUAAGAAAGCAGCAUCAGUAUGGGUCGGUUGUGCGCCGUACCAUUGUGGCCCGGGCCAAUAGGCCACCGUACAAUCGGAUGCUGCGUUCCGCCCACCUUGACUCCUUCACGCGCCGCGCCAAUGCAAAGCCGUUAGCCCACGAAAAGACCACGGAGGUGAAGGCACAGCUCAUGCAGAAGGAGCGCUCCUCCAGCACCGGCAUGAGCGGCUUCUCCGAGUUGGCCGACCGGCCUGGCCUGGAAGGAAAGGCCUACUGGAACGAGGCCAUCGAGGAGGUGGAGUUUGCGGCCUCCUGUCGCUUUCAGCCCCGCAUCCCUAUCAUCGACUACUCCUUGGUGCUGCCCCCGCGGUUGCGCGAACGGGUGAAGCGCAUCCAGAACUACGACUACUCAAAGUCGGACGACGACAUAUACAUACGGGACGAGAUGCAGGAGGUGCGGCCCGAGGACUACAUGAGUGCCAGUAGUGCCGACAGCGAAGAGGAGGAGGACUCCGUGCUGGAUAUUGGCCGAAAGAAGGUGGAGGAGCACUUCAACGAGAGCGAGCACUCGGACAUUGUGCGGAUGGAGCACGAGUUCGAAAAGUUCGAUCUCAAGCUGGACGAGCCCGUUGGCCACACCCAUCGUACCGUAGACAAGACCUCCUGGUACUCCAAGUUCCUGUGCGCUCCCAGGGAUAAGCGCGUCUGCUGGCAGACUAGAGUGGAGCAUCCUGGACAGAACUAUUCGAUGGUAACCCUGGAUGAGCAGGCAGAGAAUCUUAUGGAUGCGUCGGCAGAACGCUUUGUGGAAUGGCUAAACUCCUUUGGAACUGUGGAGAGUAACUUGACCCCGGAGAAAGUAAAAAAUCUUUUCUCCAUCAAGGGCGAUCGUACCCUGCUGGCCUCUGUAAAGACAGAUCCCAAAGAGGUCAACGCCAUCGCCCAGACAGUGGCUGAUAAAUGGAACAAGCCACACAUGGCCAUUGAGCUGAAGUACGAAAAGCACAUCAACGACCAUGCCGCCCGCGUAAAUCAAAAGCCCAUCCUCAGUGCCUUUGGGCGGACGGUGCCCCUGAAGGACCGACCCUGGCUAAAGCGGUCUAGCGAUACGGCCAUCAAGACCGUUUAUCCCGAGGAGCUGCUAACCCGCGAGAAGAUCUUCAAGGGCAUCACCCACUUGCGCAGCACCACGGCUCUUAUCGAUUUCUAUCUGGCCAAUCCUAGCCUGGAACGGCCUCAGUAUCUGCUGCAAAGUGGCGACUUUGAGGAGUCCAGUGCCAGCGAAUCGGUGGCCGAAGUUCCGCUCUACGAGCUCCUCGGUUUGCGUUAUUAGUCAUUCUAUUUUUUGAUUAUUGUGCCUCAUUAAAUUAACUGUUGUCGAAUUAA